AUGGCGCCGGUGCCUGUUGCACGACAACCCAAUGGCGUUGAACCUCCGGCAUCCUCAAUAUUGGCUACACAUGUUGUACAUGGAGAAGGAGUCCCUGAUUUCGAACAAGACAGUUUCAACCAACUCCUGGCAGAGGCUCUUGGUUCGGACGAGCAGGGCCGACCCAAUCUGGGCGCUGAUGUCUCAGUCAACCACAAGUUGAUCUGCAUCAUUUUUCAAGUCGGCAUCGAGCCCGCCCUUGACGAUAACCCAUUUGAGUCUGCAGCUGCCGCAGGUAAGGUCAACUCUCAAUUGAGAACUUGCCUCGAAGUUCUCCAGGUCGCCAUUGAAAGAUCCCCACAAGUCCUAUACGUGAAGUCAGAUCCCCAAGGCAACCAAACUUCUGCUCAAGGACACCCGCUUUAUUCAUGGCUCGUGCCUCGACUCCUGUCAUUGAUCACUUCAUGCAAGAAUGACCAUGACCGAGAUGCUAUUCUUGUCGUCUUUGACACCAUUUUGGAGGCUGAUCGAAAGUCUACGGCUCCCUGCUCGUGCGGUAACGUAUUGGAAUUCAUGAGAGUCUGCGUGUCUGGCAUCCUCUCCCUUGCUUCUGCUCUGCCUUCCUUCCAGCCUCGGAAGGUGAUCGUUAUUGAUGGCGAAGACUUCGCAUCCAGAAUUUCCGAAGCCAUGCACGUGGCUGUUUUCAACCCGCUCAGCUUCAGGUUUCCCUCUCUUCGCGAACUUCUCCUGACCGUAGCUCGGCUAUUAAAGGUCAUCUCCAAGAAAUCGGAAUCAAAGCAAAGCAAGUUGCAAUUUUGGAAGACAUUUUGCCGGUUUCGGCUGUUUGCCGAGGAUAGUGAAAGCGUUCUAUUGGAAGAUGAUCGGUCCGAGGAACUCUCUCACGAAAUCCGCCUUUUGGCCAUCCAACCUUCCAGACCUCUCCAUCAGCCCCUCAUCCAGGAAUCGGAGGAUGUAUGGCCUGAUAAUGACCGAGCCCGCAAGCGAUUACGCCUAUCCACAGAUGCGGAGGACGAAUGGUCCAAAGGGAACGUGCGCCAAACGAUCUACCGCAAACUGACUGCGGACCUGAUUGGGCGGGCUGUGCCUGACCUCGAUGGCCUGAGCGAAACGGCUUCGAGAAAUUUUCGAAGACUCUCAGAAGAAAAGAAAUGCGCUGCUCUUGAACUUCUUGGUCUGACCGCCUGCCAGAUUGCUUCCGAGUCACCAGAAUCCCCAUGCCACAUAUGUGAUGAAGACGGUGAAUUGACCAAUAAUGCCACAAUUCCAGAAGCGGCAUCAAAUGAGGAGCUGCUCAAAACUCUCCUUGUCCUCAUUCAAAGUAUUUCUCGCCAAUCUAGGGCAAGGAUUGCCGCCAUGUCGGCUCUACGUCGAGCCAUCAUGCACACAAACUCCACUGACUAUUUGAAACUUAACUCGACGCCUGCUGGAGAUUGGUGCCUCCAAUCUCUUAAGAGCUCCUCUAGAGAUCUUCGAAUGGCAGCUACGAGAACACUCCAAGCUUACCUGGUGCGGAGGAAGAAUGUUGAUGCGUCAGUGACACGAGAAAACCGAAUUGUCGCCUUGGAUACCCUCCAAACACUUUGGCAAAAAGGAGAUGCGGCGAUUCAAGAGACAUCAGUCGUUGCUUUGACUCGGAUGGCUCGUGUGGUUGGUGACGAAGAGCUCAACAUCAUCCUGGUCCGGCUGGUGGAAUAUCUGGGACAUACGAAUCCCUACCUCAGUGGUGUGGUGUAUGCGGAGAUCCAGCAUCUUGCACAAUCAAUGCAAGUGUCAUUAUGGCUCCUGUUCCGGCCGUUCUGGCGAACCCUGGGAGUCGUGCUCGCCAAAUCCUUGACCACUCGGCCGAAUGUGGCGCAACAAUUGUGCGAUCUUCUCGGAAUGGAUAUGACAGCAUUGAUGGGACAUACAGUAGAGUUUGCCCUUCCAUAUCUAGUCCUUCACAAAAAUCACGAAGCUAUCAAACGCUUCGCCGAGGCCGGUGGGCAGUCAACGACACCUUUCGAUCUCUGCACACAGGGACGUAACCUGAUUGCUAUUCUAUCAUUUUUGCUGGUGCAACCAUUUCCCGAGGCCGAACAAUCCAUCAUGUCCAUCCUGUCCGAAGUAGCUGAAGACUUCGGAAAGAAUGAUCUUGCGAAUUGGGUGGCUCUGAAUCCUAUCCAUAUCACAUGCGAACUGCUCAAAGCCAUAGGAGACAGUGGUCAAGGAAAAUCCUCUCGCGUUUAUCAAGCCUUGCAGCUCUUGGCUCAACUGGUCGCCCGCCAACGCGGACAGUCUUCUGGUUCUAGACGAAGUGACAGUAUUGGGAACUUUUUAGAGAGUAACGUUCUCGCAAUUGUGACCCAUUUCACUGUCUUGCUGAAUGAUCUGGAAGCGAAAGAAUCAAAGGUCGAGAAGCGACGGUCUCUGGCUGCCUUGGGUGAGGUAGUGAAGCUGGGGAAAAGUCGUGUCAUCCGUGCUCUUCCUCAGAUUUGUGCUUGUUUGAGGUCGGGUCUUGAUGAUAACGAUCUUUGUGAUGCCGCAUUUGCCUCGUGGGCAGUCAUGAUGAAAUCGCUAAAGAGAGAUGAUUUCCAACCGCUAAUGGACCAGACGCUCGCCAUCAUUGUUCAAACAUGGGAUGUGCUAGACAGCUCCUCACAACAAUUGGCGUACGAUCUCGUUGGCGACCUGUUGAAGAAUCACACCGACCUUGUACGAGAUCAUUUCGACACCAUGCCUUCGUUGGCCUCGAUUCCUCUAAUGGCCAAAUUUGAGUCGGAAAUUGUGGCCUUGAAACAUCAAAUGGACGAACGACAUCAACUUAUGGCAUAUGUUCAGAGACUGCAGGAUGAAAACCUCGUCGUGGUAGAGCAAGCUCUGAACGAACUCUCACCGCUGCUGCAUCGGAAACAAGAUUUUCUUCAGCGCUCCGUCCUCCGAGAGCAGCCGGAUGACUUUGUUGCGCACAUGACUCGUGCUCUCCUCGAUUGCUGCGUGAAAUUUAACUCGAGCAUCGAGGUGACUCGAUUAUGUGGCCAGUGUCUGGGAAGCAUAGGAUGCCUCGAUUCCAGCAAGAUCGAAAGCGUGAGGGAUCGAAAAUCUAUGGUAGUCUUGGCCAAUUUUGGCAAAGCAGAUGAAGUGGUUGAGUGGCUGUUCUUCUUUCUUCAGCAUGUCCUGGUCAAAGCAUUUUUGUCCGCCACUACGACACGAGCUCAAGGUUUUCUUGGUUGGGCUAUGCAAGAAUAUCUCAAACUGUGCGAACAAGAUCCUUCGAGAGCGGGUUCUGCCAAUCUGGCUUCACGUCUAUGGGCGCAGCUCCCCGCAUCCAUCCAGAACACUCUCACUCCAUUCCUGAGUUCGAAGUAUACGGUGCAGGAGAUGCGAGCACCUGGAAAAAGUCAGUACCCUCUCUUCCACCCCGGCAUGAAACAUCGAGAUUGGCUUCGGACCAUGACGCUAGACUUUCUUCAUCGAGGGUCAGGAGACAACGUGGAAAUGAUUUUUGAAAUAGCCUGCCGGAUUAUACAUGGCCAAGACACCUCCAUUCCGGCAUUCUUGCUCCCAUAUGCCGUGGUCGAUCUCGUCAUCAGCGGCAUCGAGCGCGACAGUGAGGACAUUGUGGAAGAAAUCACGUCCAUUCUCAACCAGUCCCUUGACGGACAAGAUCGACGAGUCCAAGACGACAUCAAAUUAUGUAGCCAGACCGUGUUCGAGAUUCUUGAUUAUAUCUCCACCUGGCAUCAACAGAAACGAAAGCAAUAUGCUCUCGCCCUAGCGAAAUCAGAUCGGGGGUAUACCGAUCCACUUCUGGAAAGUUCGGCAGCACAAAUACGAAAUAUUGAGAAGGUUCUGGAGCAAAUUCCUCCCGAUAUUUUGGCCCGUCGAGCUCUGGAGUGCAAGUCUUAUUCCAGAGCGCUGUUCCAUUGGGAGCAGCAUAUCCGUAAAUUGAAAGCCGACGACAUCGAGGCAGAACUCCGACGAUUGCAAGACAUAUAUGCUCAAAUUGAUGAACCAGACAGUGUCGAAGGGAUCUCUUCUCGAAUACAUGUCCUGGACAUUGAACAACAAGUCCUGGAACAUAAAAAAGCCGGCCGAUGGACUGCUGCUCAGAGCUGGUAUGAAAUGCAACUUGUUUCUCAUCCAGACGACGUUGACGUUCAAAAGAACUUGAUGGAUUGUCUCAAAGAAUCCGGACAAUAUGACGUUUUGCUUCACCAUUUCGAUAGUAUCAAGAGUCGCAACGCCACUUCACCAAUGCUUGUCCCUUACGCCAUGGAAGCUGCAUGGGCCACCGGUCGAUGGGAUAGACUUUCCAGCUACGUCCCUCAGAGUGGCGGAUACGACUUCGCGUCUCAUAUUGCGGAGAUAAUGCUAGCUGUGAAUCGCGAAUCGAAAGAAACAGCCAUCCAGCUGAUCGAUGAGCUGUACCGUUCCACGGCGUCAGAAUUUACUCCCAAUGUGAUAUCCUCAUUUCAGGCGGGUCACGACACCAUGCUGCGGCUACAUGUGCUUAGCGAUGUUCGGCUAAUAACAACAGCCACAAAAGAUGACCGAAUGGCGGUAUUGGAGAACCUCCGGGGUCGUCUGGACAUUCUUGGUUCGAACGUCGCUGACAAGCAGUAUCUUCUCGGGGUUCGUCGUGCUAUGAUGUCUCUACGAUCCGACAUGUUUGUCCCCAACGACAUUGCGGCCGCUUGGCUUGCAAGCGCCAGAUUGGCACGGAAAGCUCGAUCCACCACUCAAGCCUUCAAUGCGGUCCUCAAAGCAUCGGCCCUGGGCGACAAGUCAGCGGCCAUUGAACACGCCAAACUCAUGUGGCUCGAAGGACAUCACAGAAAGGCCAUUCAAACGCUAGAGGGAGCAAUUGAAUCUGGAGCAUUUGUGGCUCAUGAUUAUUUUGCGGACAAUGGUUCUGUUACGAUGACUGUCGAACAACGUCAUUCUCAAAACGAGAUCACGGCGAAGGCACACGUCUUACUAGGGAAAUGGCUAGACCAGGCUGGCCAAACUCAGUCAGAAGUCAUUCGAAGAACCUUUCGAAAAGCCACAGAAAGCUUUCGUAAAGGGGAAAAGGGUUGGUAUCAUCUCGGUCGCUACUACAACAAAAUUCUCGAUUCGGAAAAGGUCAUGGCUCCUGGAAAAGAGAGCCAGGCUUUCCUGACAGGAGAAGCCACCAAAGUGGUCAUCGACAAUUACCUUCGAUCCCUUUUGAACGGUAGCAAAUACCUGUUUCAGACGCUGCCCAAAGUUUUGACCCUUUGGCUCGAACUGGUCGAUGGUGCGGACAUUUCUCCUGAUCCUCGACGAGGAAAUGCCCAAUUCCACGCGCACAACGCAGCACAGCGAAAGCGAGUCAUUGAAGACACAAACAAUCAAAUCAAAAAGUACAUGGAACGAUUGCAACCAGUUCUCCUCUACACCAUCUUGCCACAAGUGGUUGCGCGGAUCUGCCAUGGAAAUAAAACUGUUUCGGACAUCCUAGGAAGCAUCGUGGUCAAAGUGGUAAGAGCAUUCCCUCAGCAGGCAUUCUGGACAUUAUUGGCCGUUGUGGAAUCGCAGCAAAAGGACCGCGCCUUGAAAGGAACAGGGAUCGUCAACAAAAUCGUCGAAGUGCAAAGAAAAUCCAGCAGAGAUGCAACGGCGGCAGAACUCAGAAAUAUGUUCACGAGCGGGCAGAAGUUUGUCCGGGAAUUGCUCCGCGUGUCUGAGUUUCCCAUCGAAGGGAAGGUGUCAAAGGUCAGUUUGUCCAGAGAUUUAGGAUUCUCAUCCAAGAUCGUGCCGUCGACGCUUGUCGUUCCGAAUCAAGCAUGCCUGAUGCCUAGCCUGCCUACCAGUUUUGAACCGGCUCAGCUGAAAGCGUUUCGACCUUUUGCCAAAGAACCAGUCACCAUUCAGUCUUUUGAGGAUGAGGCUCUGGUCCUUUCUUCCUUACAGAAACCGCGCAAACUCACGAUUCGCGGCUCUGACGGGAAUACCUACCACGUCCUGGCCAAGCCCAAGGAUGACCUCCGCAAGGAUCAGCGACUGAUGGAAUUCAACAACAUGAUCAAUCGAUUCUUGAAACGCGAUGUCGACGCCACCAAACGCCGCCUCUACAUCCGCACGUACGCUGUGAUCCCUCUCAAUGAAGAAUGCGGCUUAAUUGAAUGGGUCGACAACCUCAAGACAUUCCGCGAUAUCAUCCUCAAGCUGUACAAGGACAAAUCAAUCCAGCCCAACUACGUCGAAAUUCGUAAUCUGCUGGACGAAUCGUGCUCUGGCGACCCGGAAAAGGUCAAUAUUUUCCCGAACCAAGUCCUGACAAAAUUCCCGCCCGUGUUCCACGAGUGGUUUGUCGAGAGCUUCCCAGACCCCUCUGCAUGGUUCAACGCCCGACUCCGCUACACGCGUUCCGCAGCCGUCAUGUCCAUUGUCGGCCACGUGCUCGGCCUCGGCGACCGGCACGGCGAAAACAUCCUCUUUGAAGAGGACAACGGCGGCACACUGCACGUGGAUUUCAACUGUCUUUUUGACAAAGGAUUGACCUUCGAGAAACCUGAAAUGGUCCCCUUCCGUUUGACGCAUAACAUGGUCGAUGCUAUGGGCGCCUACGGUUACGAAGGUCCCUUCCGCCGAUGCUGCGAAAUCACACUGACAUUACUUCGCUCCAACGAAGACGCGCUGAUGACGAUCCUGGAGACCUUUUUGCAUGAUCCCACUACUGAUUUUAUCAAUGUUGCUGGCCGGAAGAAGAAGCAGGUCAACGGUGUCCCGAACACGCCGGUCGAGGUCCUUGAGGGUGUCAGAGCGAAAGUUAGAGGUAUGUUGCCGGGUGAGAGUGUACCGUUGAGUGUGGGUGGAUAUGUUGAGGAGAUGAUUAAGAGGGCGACCGAUAUGGCGAAUCUGUGUAGGAUGUAUAUUGGUUGGUGUGCCUUCUUUUGA